CAUUAAUUAAUUUUUGAAAAAUAAAAAAAUACUGAAAAACUAAAAACCAAAAUCAAAAUCUAAAAACCAAAAACCAAAAACUAAAAGCUGAAAACCAAAAACCAAAAUCUAAAAACCAAAAACUAAAAUCUAAAAACCAAAAACUUAAACUAAAAACUACCGAAACAAUCAUCACCUUGAUCUCAUAGCAUUUGUCAUAUAUUUCCCGGGUUUGUCCUUUUUUUUGAACCAGUUGCCAGUUAAAGGAAAAAAAUUUGUGAUCAAUAUUUGUGGUGAUUAUUGCGGCAUGGUCGCGGCGGUAGUAGUUAUCGGAGCGGUGAUAUUGGUUAUCGCACCAACGGUGGCGGUGACUACAAAGAUGAUCACUACGGCAAGAGUGAUUAAGGACGAUACAGAGGUUGUCAAUCCAAAAGAAACCGUCAUCAUUCAUACAAUGAUUAAUAUGAAUGUGAUGAUCGGAGAAAGAUAUAAUGUUAUGGAAGAAGAUAAACAGAGUAAAUAGAAUAGAACAUUCUACAUAUAAUAUAGUUCAUAAUAAUGAAAUUAAUAACAGUGGAAGUAAUGUUUAUUCCCUAUCAACCCAAAAUUUCCAUAAACUAAACCCAAAACACUAAUCACUAAAUCCUAAAAAAAAAUAUAAACCCUAACCCUGAUAUUAAAAUAUGCACACAGUACAUAAUAUGAGGCAUUAUUUAAAUAUAGUAGCAACAAACGAAAUAGCAUAAUACAUAUUAAUGUUCAAUUUUGAAUUGUCUAUGAUUGCAGUGAAGGAGGUAAUGCUUACCCCAAAGUCAACCCAAACUUUCCAUAAACUAAACUCAAAACACUAAUCACUAAACCCUUAAAGGAAAUAUAAACCCUAAUCCAAUAUCAAAUAUGCACAUAGUACAUAAGAAGCAUUAUCAAAAUAAAAUAGUAACAAACGAAAUAACAUAGUAUAUAUUAAUGUUCAAAUUGUGAAAUGUAUAUGAUUCCAUGGAAGGAAGUAAUGAUUAUCCCAAAGUCAACACAAACGUUCCAUGAACCAAACACAACACACUAAUCAAUAAACCAUAAAAGAAAAUAUAAAUUCUAACUCAAAUAUUAAAAUAUACACACAAUACAUAAUAUGAAAUAUUAUUAAAAUAGAAUAGUAACAAACAAAAUAGCAUAGUACAUAUUGUUCAAAUAGCAUAGUAUUACCGAAAACUUACAUGACAAACGAGGAAGCAUCGACUGUAACACCAUCUUGGUCUGCAGAUUUCAAAAGCAGUUUCAAAAGCGGAGACGACAUAUCUAGCAUAGAUUAUAGAUUUGGUGAUGGUUGUGAUGAGACGGAAACUGCAGCUGAGACUGAAACUGCAGCUGAGACAGAAACCGCUCCUGAGAAGGACACCACAGCUAAUAUGGAUGGCAGUGGUAAUAUGUAUGUUGAGCAGCUACCUUUAGUAAAAUGUAGUCAAGUUAUAGAGAAAUGGAGAGAUGCUAUGGGUCUGUACCUUCUGCAGGAAUUUCCAAACAAGAGAUCACUUCAAGAGGUGGUGGAUAGAGCUGCAUUUGGUUGCAGCUUUCGUUAUGUUAUUAAAAAAUCUGAUCGAAAACGGUUGGUGUUAAAAUGUUGUGAAGCAAACUGUAAAUGGGGAUUGCGAGCUGCGAGGAUUCGAGAGACAGAAAUUUUUUCUAUUGGGAGGUACUGGGGUGUGCAUACAUGCUCUUGGACUAAUCAAAGUAAUAGCUGCAACAGCAAGAGGAAAGGAUCUGCAGAAUUAGUUGCAACUUUUUUGAAUGAGGAAUAUCCUGGAAAACUGAUGACUCCUGUUCCGAGAGAUAUCAUAGACUUAAUUAAGUUAAGACUGGGUGUAUCGGUAACUUACUCCACAGCCUUGAGAGGGAAAAAUCUAGCUAUGCGUGUGUUGCGUGGUAAUUCAGAAGACAGCUACAAGAUGUUGCCUAGCUACUUGUACAUGUUAGAGCAGGUUAAUUCCGGAACAACAACAGAGGUGAAGUUGGAUGAGGCAGGUAAGUUCAAGUACCUUUUCAUAGCUUUAGGAGCUUGCAUUGAAGGGUUUAAGGCCAUGAGGAAAGUGAUUCUUGUGGAUGCUACAUUUUUGAAGAACGGAUAUGGUGGGGUACUAGUAUUUGCUAAAGCUCAAGAUCCUAAUCGUCACCAUUAUCCCCUCGCGUUUGCGGUACUUGACGGUGAGAAUAAUGCUAGUUGGACUUGGUUUUUCGAGAUGCUCAAAACUGUUAUACCGGACUCUUCUGAAAUAGUUUUUAUGAGCGAUAGAAAUCAGAGCCUCAUCACUGCUGUAGCUAAUGUGUAUCCACAAUCUCACCAUGGCCAUUGUAUAUGGCAUCUAGCUCAGAAUGUGAGAAACCAUGCUUGUAACACCAUCAAAGCCGUAGUGCCAUGGAGAUUUAUGGAGUUGGCUAGGUAUUACACAGUGCCUGAGUUCGAGGCUGCUUAUGCAUCUUUUAAGGUGAGAUAUCCUUCAGCCUGCAAGUAUUUGGAGGAGAACACUAACAGAGCAACAUGGGCUAGGGUCUACUUUCCAGGUUGUAGAUACAACUUGGGCACUAGCAACAGUGUGGAGUCGAUGAAUACCGCGUUUAGGGACGCAAGGAGGUAUGCCUUGAUACCAUUGUUGGAUACAAUCAUCAAAAAAAUAUCUGACUGGUUUAAUGAACAUCGGAAGGACGCCGUGUCUGGAUCACUUGAUACCAAACUGGUUCCUCUGGUUGAGAUCCAUUUGCACAACUUAUGGGGCAAAGCUGAGAAAACGCCAGUGCGUGAGCUGAAUAGUUAUGAUCUUGAGUACGAGGUUACCGACACUGACAAUGGGAAGGUUUAUUUGGUGAAUUUGAUAGCGAAGUCGUGUAGCUGCAAGGUAUUUGAUUAUGAAAAGUAUCCUUGUCUUCAUGGACUUUCUGCUUACUUAUAUUUCCUUGAGGUUCCUGCUGCUAAUGGUCAUCAACGUGAGGUCAACAUAGAGUAUCAUCAGUUGUGCUCAAAGUAUUACUGGACAUAACUUUGGGCAAUGGCUUAUUACAGGACCAUUUAUUAUGUGCUGGACAAGUCUGAAUGGAUUGUACCAGAUCACAUCAAAGAGCUCCAGAUCAUACCUCCGAAAAAGCUGACAAGGAAGGGAAGGAAAAAGGUUAAUAGGAAUCCAUCAGUUGGAGAACAGCGUAAAAGGACACAAAACGUAAGGCGAGCGAGGACAAAUUUUGGUUUUAAUUGGCUGUUGUUUGGAAUGCGUUCUAAUCCUCCAAGUGAAACAAACUAAAUCUUGGAAUGUUGCUUUUUCUAUGUUGCUUUUGCUAUGUUGCUUUUGGUAUGUUGAACUUGGAAUGUUGUUGUUGUUAAUUUUAAUCGGGUUUGGACAACUACUAAGUAUAAUUGUUCCUGAAUAUACCCGAAUUUGGUCCUUUAUAUAUCCAAUAAAUGAUAUAAAUUCUCCAUCUUCUCUCUCUCUCUCUUCUCUCACUUCUCUCUCUCGAGACUCUUCUGCUUACUUUCUGAGGACAAAAUAUCGAAGAUGCAAGGAGAUGGUUCGGGUUCGUCAAGGAGAAGGGAAAAUUCUGCAAGAAAAUUGUGUUUCUGUCGCUUAGAUGCCGAAAUAAGACAAGCUUGGACAGACAAGAACCCGGGGCGACGAUUUUAUGGCUGUCCGCGUUAUAAGGUAUCCCAGCUGAUGAUAGAAAUUGUGAUCCAAGAUUGAAAAAUAAAGAAAUUAUUUACAAUGGAAUUUUUGGCAAGAGAAAAAUGGAUGCAACUACUUCAAAUGGUUUGAUGUAGAGGAUGGUACAGAAUGGCAAAAAAUGGCUUUGAUUGAAGCCCGAGAUGAGAUCCAAGAGAAGAGUAGGGUGAUCGAGCAGUUAAAUCAAACCAUUGCAGAACUCACAAUUAAUUUGGAGAGGAUCCAACAAGAAGAGGAAAUUGUUAGAGACUUUCAAAAUCUCUAUGUUUAAUGGUGUGAGAAAGUUUUAUUCUAAGUUUACUUACUUAUGUUUCCCUGUAUUGGAACCUAUGUAUUUUCUAAGUCUGUGCACUGUCGAACUUAUGUUGCAACUAUGGAAAACCAAGGAAAACUAGUAAAACAAGGUGUUACUAUGAUCGUAAAUAAAAGAUAUUUACUUGACAUCAUCCCCUCUAACCCAACACAAAAUUGUUAAUGCACAAACACAUUCACUUCACUACCGCCCUAAUUCAUCAACAUAAACUCCUCCUGAAAUUAUAUUAGUGAAAAAACUAAACUAAUUCAUCGUCAUCACAUUUUCUAUUAUGCAUUGUAUAGUCUUUCCAAGUUCAUUUUCUUAAUAAGAGCAGCUUACAAAGGACUAUUCUACAAUUCUCGUGCUUUCGAAAAUAUUCUUGCAAUUAUCAGUUAAAACUUGAAUGGCAAUGAGGGAAAAUAACAAGUAAAACCUUCUUAACCAAUUUAAAUUAUACGUAAAACUAAAAAAUGUUGAAAUCAAAAAAAAUAGAACUAUGACGAAAUUUGGUAACACCUGAAACUUCAGUAUAACUAUGAGCAAAUAUUUUGGGGGGGGGGGGGGAAAACUAAAAAAAAUUUCGCGCCUAAUCGAUAAUAUUCCAAAAAUCUCAAUUAUUUCGGUCAAAAAGUAGACUCCCUCUCUGCUCUCCGUCUCGUCUCGUCUACUGUGCUCUGUCUCACUUUAGUCAAUUAUUUCUCUCUCUCUCUCUCCUCUGAGACAAAUCCUCUCCUCUCUCUCUUUACUCUCUUCUCAUCUCGUUGAUAUCUACCGACCUCCCUUCCUCAUCUUAUCUACUCCACUCCUCCUCCUCCUCACACUCUUCCCUCCCUCAUCUUAUCUAUUUCAAAAUUCCCUCUACUGACGAUGACUCACCAGUACCAAGAGAUGAAGGACAUGAAGAAACACAAGAAACACUACGACAUGUUAGGCUACAUUUGCGAUGCCCAGUAUGAAAUUCCUACCCGUUGUCCAUGUGGCGGUGAAAUCAAGACAGAUGUUUCUCCAAAUCCUAAGUAUCACCACGAUUUCGAUACCUUGCCUGGGAGUAGGUACUUCACCUGCAAGAAUUAUGAGGACGAUGGGAUGCACUUUCGUCAGCCAUGGGCUUUUGGUGUUGAGGAUGAAGUGAGGCGCCUAAGGAUGGAGGUGAAUGAUAUGGCUGAAGAGAUUGCUAAGCUUAAGAGGAUUAUUACCUCUACCUCUCGUCCAUGAGAUUCUCAAAUCUCAAGUUCUUACUAUGGAUGUGCUAAAAAUAAGAACUUUGCUUUGUAUUCCCUAUCUAUUUCCAGUUUCGGUUACAAGUCUUUUUUUUGUUCUGUUAAGACUUGUAUAAGUACUACUAGGUUUGUUCUGUUAAGUCUUUGAAUCUUAUCUAAUGUUAGACUUAUUAUGUGGUUAUGUUAAGAACUUUGUUUGUCUUGAGUGUUAGCUUAGUGGAUUUCAUUUCAAUUGGUAAUAUGUCAUAUAAUUAUCAUUCACCUAAAACGAGACAAAUCUAAUAACAAUAUUACAACACUAAUAUAACAUAACAACUUAGUCAUAACAUAGUUAAAGUUGUAAAUCCACAUCACAAUCGAGAUAAACAUUCAAACUUCGUUUGUCUUUAACAAAAAAAAAUGAUUUAACAUAAAACAUCCAGAAACUUUGUUUCACUCAACUCCACUCGACUUCACUUGGUUUUCUGUUUUUUGCCUUUCCCCACAGACUUCUGGGUUUUCUUUCUUUUGCCUUUCCCUUGUGAUUCUGCUUCUUCAACCUCUACUACUUUGCCUUGUGCUUCCUUGACAAACUCCUCAAGCGGGGCCAAUCUCCCAUCCAGCUGGUCAACUUUCUUGUCAAUUUUCCUCAUCAGUUUCAUUGUUUUUUUCAGCAUAUUCAUAACAUCUCCCAGCUGAAUCGACUGCUCACCUACCUGUACUCCAUCCCCUGUUGCAUCUUCAAUUGGUUCUGGCUGUUUUUCACGCCCAGCUACAUCUUCGUCGAACAUGUCUUUAAAAAAAACCUUCUGCCCUGCAUCCAGACACUUCUCCCAACUGUCCACAGCUAUAUCAGAUUGAUCAACAUCGUCUUCAUCUUCCAUAAUCUCAUCCAAAAGGCUAUCUUUUCGUGAAGUUUUGGUGGGGAUGAUGCUGUCAAUAUCCUGUCACACACAUAAAUAAUUUUAAAACUUAGCAAUUUCUAAUGUCUAAAAAGAAAAUAAGUACUACCUUACUUCUACCACAGUUUCACUUUAUUCCUACCCUAGUUCCCUUUCUAGUACUACCUUACUUCUACCACAGUUUCACUUUAUUCCUACCCUAGUUCUACCACAGUUCACAGGAAGACUUACAGUUGUGUUACCCAGUUCCUUGUUUAUCACAGAAAGUGACACCCCUGUCAUUCCAUUUCGUUUAAAGUAGGACUUGCACAUCCUCGGACAGUCGCGACCAGCUCCAACCACAGUCUCUCUGAACGCUAUUCCUAGCUUCGGAAUUGCCUCGAAUGCAAGAAGCUGUUACACACAACAUUUUUGAAUUAGUAAACAACAAUGCUGUCAGACUGGUUUAAUGGGAUUUUGCAUACCUCUAAUGGAACACAGAAACCUGGUAGCGGCCAUAAUGUUUUCUCUUUCACCACCCCUCUAAAAUGCUUCAUUGUGUGAGAGAUCUCCUUCAGCAUGUAAUCAUAGGAAAAUCUCCCCCACGGAAAGGACUUGCAGUACUCAAGAUCAUCCACUGCUCUCUGGAACACCUCCAAUACAUCAUUAGCCUUGUGUCCAACCUUCGUUUGCGCACAAACAACCGAAGCUAAGAAGAAGAGAACCGCCAUCUUCAGUCUGUCUUUGUGGGAUCCCAUGUUCACCAGCUUCUUCUUAACAUCCUCUAACCUUCUCGGUUCUCCUUCCUUGAAAUGACGAUCAACGAACCUCGUCCCACCAAGCUCUUUGUAGCCGAGAGGAUAGUUCUGGCAGAAUAGCCCAGAUAUCAAACCAUGUUCCCUCAGCCUGUAACGGAUUGGAACCCCAUUCACAAUGAACCACACUUCUCUCAGCUUCUCGAUACCAGCAGUACGCAACAACAACAUCCACAUUCCCUGAACCCUGUGGUUAGUCUCUAUCUUCAUGUGGAAAAUGUGUCUGAAUUGAGGAUGCUCCGUGAACCAGCUCAUCUCCGCGUUAGACAGCUUGGGUUUCAGAUUUUUUAGCGUCUUAAUCGCGCUAGCUAUCAUACACCUUGUCCCUAGCUUUAUUUUUUUUCUGUACUCGGUUGGCUUGAAGAACAUGCUGGUUGGUUUGAUUGCCUCGAUUGCCACAUUUCCAUUCAAACCCUGCAAGUUAUACCAAAGUAUUCACCACGUUAUACCAAAGUAUUCACCACGUUAUACCAAAGUUAUAUCCAAGUCAUACUAAAGUUAUAUCCAAGUUAGCUAUAUCUAACUUAUAUCCAAGUUAUAUCCAAGUUAUAUCCAAGUUAUAUCCGUUUACACAAUUUCAGUUUACCUCUACCAAAACUAACAUGUUAUUCCUAUACUUCCCCUAGUAUUACUAGCAUUAACACACUCAAUUGAAAAUUUGUUACAUUUGUUACCUCUGGUUCAGUUGGAUUCCCGGGUUCAGGUGGAUUCUCAUUGUCGUCUACAUUUGCUAACUCUUCUCGGUCAUUUUCUUCUUCAGAACCUUCAUUCUCAUUAUCCUUUCCUUCUCCGUCUCCAUUUCCUUCUCUGUCACCAUUUCCUUCUCCAGAACCUUCAGUCUCUUCCUUCUCAUCUGCUUCUUCUUGUUCUUCUUCAGCAUCUUCAUUCUCCUGGCUAGAAUCAUCGGAACGGUCGUCAUGAUCAUUCUCUUCCUCUCCAGAACCGGCUUUCUGAUUCUCUUCAUCUCCAGAAGAAGGAGUUUCCUCAUUCUCUUCUUCUUCAGAUUAAGUCCCAAUCGCCGGAGUUGCUGGAGGAGCUGGAGGAGAUGGGCCAGCAGGACCUUUGUUCAUUGUCACCGGAGCAGUUUCUAAAGCCACAUCACUCGGCUCCGUUAUCUCUGCUGUACUCUCCCUCGCGUCCUCACUCGUCUUCUCCGCCGAGACAUCCGUCGUCUUCUCCGUCGAGACAUCCGUCGUCUUCUCCGUCGAGACAUCCGUCGUCACCUCCGUCGAGACAUCCGUCGUCUUCUCCCUCGAGUCAACAAUCUCCGUCGUCUUUGCCGUUCCCGUCGAUUCAACAUUCUCCGUCGUCGUCUUCUCAAUAUUAUCGGAGGUCGUCUUUACAAACUUCACUUUCCAAACCUCUUCCUUCGUUGGAUUAUCCUUCCUCUUACCACCUCCUCUCGUUUCGACCACCAUAUCACAAUCGUUGUUGGCUCUUCUGAACUCACCGAUUGAUUUUCAAAACUAGGGUUUCUUCUCGUUUAAAGUGGAGUGAAAAGAGGGGGAGAAAUGGAGUCGAAUGAAUUAAUCAAUUGGAGGAUUUAGGGAAAUUGUAAAGGGUUUGAUAAAACCGACAGAUUUGGUUUGGUUUCGAAGGAUGGGUUCGGUUUUGAGGGAUUGGUUUGGUUUCCAGGGAUUGGUUAAACGGUUAAACGAUUUGGUUCAAUUGAAUUGACUAUACAUCCGGGUCGGGUCACUGCGGAUAGGUUAUACCCUGAUACAACUUGUAAAUACUUCAUUUAUUCCAGGGUUUUUUGUCAUUUCCGCCUUUUUUUAUUUUAAAAAUAAAUAUUUAUCUUUCUGUUUAUAUGGGUGUCUUUCUGAGAUUGCCUCUCUAAUUCUGGUCAGGAUUAUAGGUAUAAAUAGAAAAUGAUAGAUAACAAAACCAGUGAAUUGGAUUUGGCAAAGUGGUUGAGUGGUGGAUGAAUUAUAGCUCUAACCAAGGUUUGAUACUACUUUUAACCAAUUUAAAAAUAAGUAAUUUUAUUAACUAUUAUUCUUUUAAGCAAAAAAAAUCAUGUAUUAAUUUCUAAUUGACAUGUAAACAAUCUAUUAACUCCACAUAAGCAUAUGUAAGUAUGGAUAUACCCAAAUGUUGUUGAUGUAUGAAAUUUGAAUAUAUUCAAUGUUGGUGUAUGUUUUAGCAAGUGUAUGUAUUGAUCGAGACUACGACUCUAUGUUGAUGUAUGAAAUAGCCGAUUUCCCGUACAUUAGUUUUGAGGUAUAUUAAUAUUCUUUUAGAACUUAACAUUUCUUGUAGAAGUUGCAAUUGGGGUUUAUUAUAGGUGAUACUAGUUUAAGAUCCGCGUCCUAGCGGAAUGAACAUUUUAUGUACACAUUAUUUUACAUAUUAUUAUUUGCUUAACGUGUUUUUUACAUAUUAUGAAACAAUUAAUAAAUAUAUAUUAAAUAAAUGAAAAACUACUGUUACAUAUAAAAUUAAAUUGACACAAAUUCAUAAAUUAAAGAAAUCACUUUUGUUUAUUUACAAUUAUUUUGUGGUAAUGGUUAAGUGGUGGAUGAAUUAUAGCUCUAACCAAGGUUUGAUACCCCUUUUAAACAAUUUUUUUCCCACUAGAAAGUAAUUUAUUUCAUUCAAAAGAAACACACAAGAGCCCAUAUGAAAAUGGCUACAAGAACCCAUACAUGAGUGACUCAAAACAUAAAUUCGGAGAUGAAUGAACAAUCUCCAUCCAUAAAAGCCCACAUAAAGGCGGCUAUUUAAACCCACACCGGAGAAGCUUACAGUACCAAGAAACCAAAACUGAAACUAAUUUAAAAAUAAGUAAUUUUAUCAACUAUUAUUCUUUUAAACAAAAAAAUCAUGUAUUAAUCUCUAAUUGACACGUAAACAAUCUAUUAACUCCACAUAAGCAUCUGUAAUCUUUGACUAACGGAGACAAAGUAUGGAUAUACCCAAAUGUUGUUGUUGAUGUAUGAAAUUUGAAUAUAUUCAAUGUUGGUGUAUGUUUUA